AUGACGACGGGGAGAGCACCACGGAAACCUCCUCAGAAGCGCGGAGCCGGGUCUCGGGAGGCGGAGGCUUCCGGAAAGGCCCUGCUCCCUUCACGGCGAGGGCCUCGUCGCCUUCGCGGAGGGAGAAAGCGCCAUUCGCGACCCUCCAAAGCGGGAAGUUCAAACCAGCCGGGGCCUCCGAGGCGCAGCGUUUGUGACGUUGAACAGGUAAAAUUAUUAGACCGAUUCAGCACAAGCAUCAAGUCACAAACAGGAACUCUUUACCUCACUGCUACACACCUGCUAUUUAUUGACUCAAACCAGAAAGAGAUAUGGAUCUUGCACCAUCAUAUUGCUGCAGUGGAGAAGCUUGCUUUGACUACUUCAGGCUGCCCCCUGGUGAUCCAGUGCAAGAACUUCAGAGUCGUUCACUUCAUUGUUCCCAGAGAAAGGGAUUGCCAUGAUAUCUAUAACUCCUUGCUUCAGCUCUCGAGACCAGCAAGGUAUGAUGAACUGUAUGCCUUCUCAUACAACCCAAAACAAAAGGAGGCAGAAAGAGUGCAAGGCUGGGAGCUCAUUGACCUCGCAGAUGAGUACAAUCGGAUGGGAGUGCCGAACUCGGACUGGCAAUUAUCAGAUGCAAAUCGUGAUUAUAAGAUUUGUGAAACAUAUCCAAGAGAACUUUAUGUUCCCAGGAGCGCAAGCAAGCCCAUAAUUGUUGGCAGUUCUAAGUUCCGAAGCAAAGGAAGGUUCCCUGUGCUGUCAUAUUAUCAUAAAGAUAAUGAGGCUGCCAUUUGCAGAUGUAGUCAGCCUCUUUCAGGAUUCAGUGCCAGAUGUCUGGAAGAUGAGCAUAUGUUGCAAGCAAUCAGUAAAACCAAUCCAACGAAUCACUACAUGUAUGUUGUAGACACCAGGCCUAAACUGAAUGCAAUGGCAAACCGGGCAGCAGGUAAAGGCUAUGAAAAUGAAGAUAACUAUUCCAAUAUUAGAUUCCAAUUUGUUGGUAUUGAAAACAUCCAUGUAAUGAGAUCCAGCUUGCAGAAGCUUUUAGAAGUCUGUGGGACAAGAGGACUAUUGGUUAAUGACUUCCUUUCUGGUUUGGAGAACUCUGGAUGGCUGCGCCACAUCAAGGCCGUGUUGGAUGCUGCUAUCUUCUUAGCCAAAGCCAUAGCUUUUGAGAGUGCAAGUGUGCUGGUACAUUGCUCCGAUGGCUGGGACCGGACAUCUCAAGUUUGUUCCCUGGGUUCUCUGUUGUUGGAUCCUUUUUAUAGAACAAUUAAAGGAUUCAUGGUUUUGAUAGAAAAAGAUUGGAUUGCUUUUGGACACAAAUUUUCAGACAGAUGUGGCCAACUGGAUGGUGACCCAAAGGAAAUCUCUCCAGUGUUUGUCCAGUUUUUAGAAAGCGUCUGGCACCUGACAGAACAGUUUCCGCGAGCCUUUGAGUACAACGAGGCUUUUCUUCUUCAGAUCCAUGAACAUGUCCAUUCAUGCCAGUUUGGAAACUUCAUUGGAAACUGCCAAAAAGAACGUGAAGAGCUAAGAUUGAAAGAGAAGACUUACUCACUGUGGCCAUUUCUCCUGGAGCAACGUGAUAAAUAUCUGAACCCUGUCUACAGUGAGAGUUUUUCUCAGUCAUUUACAGUUCUGGAGCCUGACACUGUAUCUUUUAAUUUUAAGUUUUGGAGAAACAUGUAUCAUCAGUUUGAUCAUACGAUGCAUCCCAGGCAGUCUAUUCUUAGCCACAUCAUGACCAUGAAUGAUCAAAAUAGGCAGCUAGAGAAAGACAUUAAGGAACUGGAAGCUAAACUAGAGCACCGGGCAAAAAAGGAUGAUGUCUUCACCAAGGAGCCUUUACAGUCUAUUUGUCCAGUUUCACCAGUCCUUAAAACAUUGGAGUGCUUUAAGAAAGCGCAGCCUCUUUUACCGGGGAAUGACUGCAUUCGGACGAUAGAGGGCUCCAAUGCAGCAGACAAUCGGUACAGUGAAUAUAUGGAAGAGCUCUCCAAGACAGAGCCCGGCGUUGUCAGUCUGGAGUACGGAGUGGCAAAAAUGACAUGCUAAAUGUCACGUGGAGCAGCGCUGCCUCGCUCUGAAAAGACUUUGACGUUCAAGACAGGGCAUUGUGUGAGAUUGGUCUCCUGGAGCAUGACCAAAAACUGUGUGGUGUAAUGGAGAGUCUCAUGAAUGUACAGCUAAAACAGCACACUAGUUAACAAAGUGCUAUUUGUGAGAAGUAAUUGACUUUUAACAUUAUAGCAAAAAAAUGUGGAGAGCAUAGUAAACCUUUUGUGGCUUAUAAGAACUGAGGAAUGAAACUGGUAUAAUAUAACAAACUAAACUUUGCACUAGAUAACUCAGAAUGUUAUUUAAGGUGUGUAUUGCCAAAAUGGUUAAGAUGAUCUCUGAUGAGCUACUUCUCAGACAAAGCAGCCUUUUUAUUGGGACAGCUGGCCAUAAAUAGAUAUGUGUGUGUGUGCGCGCAUAGUGUAUGUGUAUUAUUUAAUCUGUUGCUUGUUACUAAUUUCUGAUAUUCCAGCUGCUAUUGAAAGUACUGUAUAUCACAUGAGAAAAAGCUAUCCUUCCAUUUUCAGUCUGAGGUAUCCCAGUGUGUGCACAGAUGUGUUCUGAAAUUACUCUUUUGCCAUGUGAUUUUAAAAUCAAAA